AUGUCUUCGAAUUUAUAUAAAGAACAAUGUUUAAAAGUAAUUGAACUUAUUAAAGAAACUGAAUCAAGUGAUGAUGAAAUAGAUUUAGAUUUAGAAGAUCAAAUUUUAUUAAAUAGAGAAAUUAAUACAGAAACU